CUUGCUCUCUAACCGCCAUCAUGGUCCCACUAUGGCUGGUCGUUCUUCCUCUCGCUCUCGCCCAGCCAGCCACACUUUCUUUUCCAGGUUCUCAAUCUCAAUCGUCCUCUACUUCCGAGUCACUUUCAGCUAGUAAUCCUGCAAGCACAACGCCAACGUCAACCUUUUCAAGUAUCAGCAUCUCGGUUUCGAUUUCGGUCUCUACAUCUAUUACGGCUUCUGCUUCAUCCAAUAGCGCUCUCUCUUCACCUUCAGGCUCAACCAUCUCGGUUUCGUCCAACUCAACCACCGGUUCCACGGCUCCAACGUCUACUGCGAUCAACGCUACCACAACCACACACCUUGAACCGCCAGCGACAUCAUCCGCAAUUGUUACUAGAAAGACGGUCCCCAUUCACCCAUACACCUUUGAACCGUUCCCCGUACCAUCCCAACCAUCCAUUCCAGGCGUGUUCCCGGACACCGAUCCCAGACAUCCACCUGAAGUCGGAGCUCCAGUCGUACCCAACUUUGAACGCGCGUGGGCUGCAGCCUAUAGAAAAGCUCAAGGGAAGAUUGUUGAUCUGUCUCUUGAGGAGAAAGUGAACGUUACCACCGGUGUGGGUUGGAUGGGUGGCCGCUGUGUCGGAAACAUUCCCGACGUGGGUGAUUUUCCAGGACUCUGUCUAGAGGACUCGCCUUUAGGGGUGCGGUUUGGAGAUUUCGCCACUGGAUUCCCGGCAGGUAUCAAUGCCGCGGCAACAUGGAAUCGCGACCUCAUUCGAGCCCGUGGAAUCGCUAUGGGUGCCGAGUUUGUUGGAAAGGGUGUCAACAUUGCUUUAGGACCGAUGAUGAACAUGGGUCGUGUCGCCCAAGGUGGAAGGAACUGGGAAGGAUUUGGAGCUGAUCCCUUUUUGACUGGAGAAUCCGCUUACGAGACGAUUCUCGGGAUGCAACAAUCGGGUGUACAAGCAUGUGCUAAGCAUUAUAUUUUCAACGAACAGGAACAUAAACGUACUCAGUCGAGUUCAAUCGUCGACGAUAGGACUGCUCACGAGAUUUAUGCGCAUCCGUUCUUGAGGAGUGUAAUGGCAGGUGUCGCUAGUGUGAUGUGCAGUUAUAACCUCAUCAACGGAACCUAUGCUUGCGAAGACGACAAGACCAUGAACGACAUCCUCAAGCGUGAAUACGCUUUCCAAGGAUUCAUCAUGUCGGAUUGGCAAGCUACGAUGUCGACCAUCUCUGCCAUUACUGGCCUUGACAUGACGAUGCCUGGCGAUGUCACUUUCAAUAGCGGCGAUUCGUACUUUGGAGGGAACCUUACUGCGUAUGUGAAUAAUGGGACUAUACCAGAAGCCCGCGUCGACGAUAUGGCUACUCGCAUCAUCGCCGGCUGGUAUCUCCUCCACCAAGAUGCGCCGUCCUACCCGCAGGUCAAUUUCGACGCUUUCAAACCUGACAAUGAGCCCACGAAUGACCAUAUUGACGUUCAAGAUGACCAUGCAGACGUCGUCAGAAAGAUUGGAGCUGCUUCCACCAUCCUUUUGAAGAACGAGAACGGAGCGUUGCCUCUCACUGGAAGGGAGAGAAGGAUCUUUUUGGCCGGUAGCGAUGGCGGACCACCCAAGAUUGGACCGAAUAGAUUCAGCGAUCAGGGCGGAUUGGAAGAUGGGAUUUUGGCGAUGGGAUGGGGGUCUGGGACGGCGAAUUUCACAUACCUGAUAUCACCAUACGAAGCGAUCCAGCAGCGAGCACGGAAGCAUCGUACCACCGUCUCCUGGUCGUUUGACGAUUUCGACCUUCCGAGAGCAGGUAAUAUGGCUAUCAAGCAGAGUGCUGCCCUGGUAUUCAUUGCAUCGGAUUCGGGAGAACAGUACAUUAACUUUGAUCAAAACGAGGGUGAUAGACGGAAUCUCACCGCCUGGCAUGGAGGAGACGACCUCGUGCUCGCCGUCGCCGCUCAAAACAACAACACGAUCGUGAUCGUGAACAGUGUUGGUCCACUCAUUGUCGAGCCUUGGAUCGAGCACCCGAAUGUGACUGCCGUUCUUUGGGCUGGAUUGCAAGGGAAUGAAGCUGGGAAUGCGAUUGCGGAUGUGCUGUAUGGCGAUUGGAAUCCAUCGGGAAGGUUGCCGUAUACGAUUGCGAAGAGGUUGGAGGAUUAUUCGACUGGGCUUGUGCUUGGCGGAGGUCCUCAGGAUAUUCUGGCGAUACCUUAUGAGGAUGGGCUUCAAAUUGACUACCGUCAUUUCGAUGCUAAUAACAUUGAACCUCGGUUCGAGUUUGGAUUCGGGUUGAGCUACACGGACUUUGAGUACAGCGAUUUAAGGAUAGAGAGGGUGCCUAAUCUGGGUGGAAUGUUCUCCGAGAAUGAGAGAGCUUGGGACCAAGGAAAGGUAUCUCCCAUCGCUGUUGGAUCGUCCACCGCCAUCUGGCUUCAUAGACCGGCUUUCAAGGUAUCCUUCAAUAUCCGAAACGUGGGCGGUGUUUACGGUGGAGAAGUACCGCAAGUAUACCUCAACUUCCCUCGAUCAUCUGGGGAACCGCCAUCGGUGUUGAGAGGUUUUACGAACACCGCCGUACAACCUGGAUGGUCGAAGCGUGUGGAGAUUGUCCUUUCGAGGUACGAUGCUUCUAUUUGGGAUGUGGAGGCGCAAGGGUGGAGGAAGCCGAAUGGUAGGAUUGGGGUUACUGUUGGCAGGAGUUCGAGGGAUAAGAAGUUGAACGGGCAUUUGCCGGUUUGAGAGGACGCUUGCGUACUAAUGGUUGGCUACUAUGACUAUGUAGCCAGAUACUUGGACUUUGCUCUACACGUCGUGAUUUAAUGCUUAUUUGAAAAC